AUGGACCACCAUUGUCCAUGGCUCGCAAACUGCCUCGGAAUGUUCAAUUACAAAGCGUUCAUGUUGUUUCUGAUUUACACCUCCGUAUUUUGCCUUCUUUGUUUCGUAGUUAGCUCAGCAUACGUCUACGAGGAGCUAUUGAGUUCAAAUGCAAGCAGUAAAUACCCGGUUGAUGACUUUACGCCCGUAAACUGGGUGCUGCUGGCAGUACUUUCGGGCAUUAUUGGAUUGGUACUGAGCGGAUUCACCAUCUGGCAUCUCACUCUCGUAGGCUCGGGGAUGACAACCAUUGAGUCUUUGGAGAAAGUGCGAUACACAACGCCAACCCUUUCGCGUAGUGGAGUUCCAGCGCCUGGCGCACACCAUCUCUACGACAACCCAGAAAAUGACCCAACCUUCGACUACGCCGCCGAGCGAGAGCACGAGCGCGAACAAGAGUUCCGUCGCUACAACUCCUACAUCCUCGAGGAAUCCACCAAGAAGCUUCCCCAUCCAUUCGAUCUCGGUAGAGCGCGCAACUUCCGCUGUGUAUUCGGCCCACGGGAAGAAUGGUGGAAGUGGUUCAUCCCGCGCUUCUCGGGCGUUGGAGAUGGGUGGAACUGGGAAACGAGCAAUGAAUGGCGCAUCGCUGCGGAAGCUGUAAGGGUUGAGAGGGAGCGUAUGGGGCUUGACCAAGGCGAUGAUGCGCGAUCAGGAUGGCCCGGCGCAAACCGACACCCAGCUGAAGGAAGGACUUGGAACGGUGGUAAUCCGAAUGGGCUCAUCCGCCAUGCGGGCGAGAUGAAGCCGAGCAAGGCAGAAAGGAUAUUAGGGAAGCUACCGGGUACAUAUAGUGAUGGGGAAAACGUACCGCUGCAAAGAAUGAACCGGUCUCCGGAUGAUAUCAGUAGCGAUGAAGAGGACGACGAGAGGAUCGACCUAGAGACUGGAUUAGCUGUUGGAAGAAAGGCCAAGAUGGAGCCCAGGAGCGCUGGAAGUGUAGGCUGGGCAACUUGGGGGGGUGACAGUUCCGAGGAGAGGUGGUAG